AUGGGUUCCAAUCUCCCCCCCACACAGGCCAAGGAUGCCGUCCUGGUAAAGUCGGUCGAGAUGCCUCAGGGGGCGCAGAAGGUCGAGGAGCUCGACUUCAACAAGUUCAAGGGCCGCCCCAUCACGGCCGAGGAUCUCUACCUGGGGAUGAGGCACAUGGGCUUCCAGGCAUCCUCGGUCGGCGAGGCCAUCCGGAUCAUCAAUGAAAUGCGGGCGUGGCGUGACCCGGAGACCGGGGAGAAGACGACGAUAUUCCUCGGAUACACGUCUAAUCUGAUCUCCUCUGGCCUGCGCGGGGUCUUACGGUACCUCGUCGAGCACAAGCACGUCUCGUGCGUCGUCUCAACGGCGGGGGGCAUCGAAGAGGACUUCAUCAAGUGUCUCGGAGACACGUAUAUGUCGUCUUUCAGUGCGGGCGGGGCAGAGCUCCGCUCCAAGGGCCUCAACCGCAUCGGCAACCUGGUCGUACCCAACGCAAACUACUGCGCCUUUGAGGACUGGGUUGUCCCCAUCCUCGACACGAUGCUGGAGGAGCAGGAGGCGAGCAAAGGGACCGGCGAAGAGAUCAGCUGGACGCCCUCCAAGGUGAUCCACCGGCUCGGCAAGGAGAUCAACGACGAGAGAUCAGUCUACUACUGGGCCUACAAGAACAACAUCCCCGUCUUCUGCCCCGGCCUGACGGACGGCAGCCUCGGGGACAUGCUGUACUUCCACACCUUCAAGUCGUCCCCUCGGCAGCUCAAGAUCGACAUCGUCGAGGACAUCCGCGGCAUCAACACCAUCGCGGUCAAGGCCAAGCGCGCCGGCAUGGUCAUCCUCGGCGGCGGGAUCGUCAAACACCACAUCGCGAACGCGUGUCUGAUGCGCAACGGCGCCGAGUCCGCCGUCUACAUCAACACGGCGCAGGAAUUCGACGGCAGCGACGCGGGCGCCCGGCCCGACGAGGCCGUGUCCUGGGGCAAGAUCAAGGUCGGGGCUGACCACGUCAAGGUCUACGUGGAGGCCACGGCGUGUUUCCCACUCAUUGUCGCCAACACCUUUGCCAAGGAGGAUGCAUAG